AUGCAGCACGUCCUCCAGGCCGGCCUUUCGGCCGGCAUGUCCGCCGUCUCUGGCUUCCACUCCAACAAACCACCACCAGUCCCCCCAGACUUCGACGGCAUGGCUGCCGUCCUGCCGCAAGACAUCGUACCGACCGGCGAAACACGCGUCACCUUCAAGGGCAAGAACUCCGACGCGUACGCCUCCCCCAUCUCCAUCGGCGCCUGGCCCUGGGGCGACAAGGCGACGUUCCACUGGUCCGAGGACGAGCUGCCGGCCGUGCACGAAGCGUGGAAGGUCAUAGUCUCCUCGGGCGUGAACUUCAUCGACACGGCGCAGGCGUACGGCAGCGGGCGCAGCGAGGAGAUCUGCGGCGAGCUGUACCGGGCCUCUGGGCUGCGGCGCGACCAAUUCUUCAUCCAGACCAAGUGGUACGUGGUGCCGGAUCUGGAGAACAUCAUACACCCCGUGGAUGCGCCGGCCAAGAAGCUGGAGAAGAGUCUGCAGAGGAUGGGACUCGAGUACGUGGACUGCUACCUCGUGCAUGGGCAUAUCCACCCGCAGUCGAUCGCGAAGGCGGCAGAGGGCCUCGCCGAGUGCGUGGACAAGGGUCUGACAAAGACGGUCGGUGUGGCGAACUAUAGCGCGGAGGAUAUGGUCAAGAUGCAGGAGGAGCUGCAGAAAUAUGGCAUUCCGCUCGCGACGAACCAGUGCGAGUACAGUAUCCUGCGGAGAUACCCGGAGACGAGCGGCUUGUUGCAGACGUGCAAGGAGCGCGGCAUCAUCUUCCAGAGCUACUCCAGCCUGGCGCAGGGGAGACUGAGUGGAAAGUACAACAGCCAGCAUGAACCGCCGGACACGUACAGGUUUAGCAAAUAUCCGAUGAAGUACAUUGAGCCGACGCUGAAGGUUCUGGAGGACAUUGGGAAGAAGAGGGGGAAGAGCAUUGCUGCUGUUGCGCUGAACUAUAACUUGAGUAAGGGAGUGUUACCUGUUGUGGGUGUAAGAAAGCCGCAGCAGGCGGAACAGAACAUGGAGGCGCUGGGGUGGAGGUUAUCUGAUGACGAGAUCAGGGCAAUCGAUCAAUUCAGCUACGAAGGAAAGAAGACGGUAUUGUGGCAGCAGGGGUGA